AUGUCCCCUACGGCCAUUCGCAACGUCGAUUCCGUCGAUAUUGUCAGCAUCCACCAAGAUGAUAUGCAAUUUUCCUUGGUGGAUGAUAUCUACAAGAGCUUAGACCCGCCCUCCGGCACGCCGCGCACAUUCCCCACCCUCCUACUUUACGACGCCAAGGGAUUGAAGCUGUUUGAGAAAAUCACCUAUCUGGAGGAAUAUUACCCCACAAACACCGAAAUCGAGGUUUUGCAAAACCACGCGCAGCGGAUAGUUGAGCGCAUUCCGGAGAAUGCUCAGUUGGUGGAGCUUGGCAGUGGUAACCUCCGAAAGAUCGAGAUUCUGCUUCGAGAAUGUGAGCGCACCGAGAAAAGGGUGGAUUAUUAUGCCCUGGACCUUUCAUUGGUUGAAUUACAGCGGACCUUUGCUGAAAUCUCGCCCGAGAGCUUUUCGUACGUCGGCUUCCACGGAUUACAUGGAACAUAUGAUGAUGCGGUGGGCUGGCUGAAGAGUCCCGAAAAUCGGAACCGGCCGACGGUGGUGAUGUCUAUGGGAUCAUCCAUAGGUAAUUUCGAGCGCGCCAGUGCUGCAGAGUUCCUUGGUGGCUUUUCCAAGCUAUUGGCGCCUUCAGACUUCCUCCUCAUCGGUCUUGAUGCCUGCAAGAAUCAUGACAAGGUAUUCAGAGCCUACAAUGACUCUGAAGGAGUGACUCGCCAGUUCUACGAGAAUGGCUUAGUACACGCAAACCAAGUUCUGGGCUUCGAGGCCUUCAAGGAAAAUGAAUGGGAGAUCUUGACUGAAUAUAACGACCGUGAGGGUUGUCACCAAGCUUGUUACGCGCCAAAAGUUGAUGUGACAAUUAAUGGGAUCAUGAUCCCUAAAGGGGAGAAGCUCAUUUUCGAAGAAGCCUGGAAGUAUGGUCGUGAUGAAAGGGAUGAAUUAUGGCGGAAGUCUGAUUUAAUCUCACAAGUUGAGUUUGGUAACACCACCGAUGAUUAUCAUGUUCAUCUUUUGUCUCCUGCCACCCUUGAUGUCUCGAUGCACCCCUUGAAGUAUGCGGGGCAGCCAAUUCCCACCAUUGAUAACUUCCAAUCCCUAUGGACCGCCUGGGAUAUUGUGACUAAGACAAUGAUUCCCCGCGAAGAGCUCUUAUCGAAGCCAAUCAAAUUACGCAACGCGUUAAUCUUUUAUCUCGGCCACAUCCCCACGUUUUUCGAUAUCCAUUUGACGCGUGCCCUACAAGAUCAACCCACCGAGCCUGCAUACUAUCAGCAGAUCUUCGAACGUGGCAUUGAUCCAGAUGUCGAAGAUCCAGAGCAAUGUCACAAGCACAGUGAAAUUCCAGACCAAUGGCCUGAGUUGAACGAGAUUUUGGAUUACCAGGAAAGGGUCCGUAACCGGGCGCGAUCAAUUCUACAGGAAGGAUAUGCCGAUCAAGACCGAACCGUCGGUGAAGCACUAUGGAUCGGCUUCGAGCAUGAGGCCAUGCAUCUAGAGACCUUCCUAUACAUGUUGCUUCAAAGCGAUAGAACACUUCCACCGACUGGUGUUCCGCUGCCUGAUUUCAACCGGAUGGCCAAACAAGCAAAGUUUGACGAGAAACCCAACAAGUGGUUCAGUAUUCCUCAACAGACUUUCACAAUUGGAUUAAAUGAUUGUGAUGAAAACAACUUGCCACAGGCCUCAUUCGGUUGGGACAACGAGAAGCCCCAAAGAGAGGUGACCGUAGGUGCUUUUGAGUCACAAGCUCGCCCUAUUACCAAUGGGGAAUAUGCCAAAUAUCUACAAGCCACCGGAAGUCACAACUACCCCGCGUCUUGGGUGUUUACACCUGGGCAGAAAGGCUCUCUUGUUAAAGGCAUUGGUUCCACGGGGGCGCAAGCCGGCUCUAGUGCUACUGCAGCAAGCUUGCCUCUGGACGGAAUCUCAGUUCGGACUGUAUUUGGACCUGUAUCUUUGGAGUUGGCACAAGAUUGGCCAUUGAGUGCUUCAUAUGAUGAGGUGGCCAGCUACGCAAAGUGGAUGAACUGCAGGAUUCCGACUUUCGAAGAGGCGAGGAGUAUCUACCACUACUCUGAUCAGAUGAAAAGUCACCGACACACAAAUGGGUACAGUAAUGGGGUCAAUGGGUCAACAACCAAAGGGAGCAAGCCCCAAUCCACCGAAGAAUCAACCUUCCGUGACCUCCACGGGUGCAAUGUUGGCUUCAAACACUGGCAUCCCACCCCAGUCACCCCUAAUGGGGAUAGACUAGCCGGUCAAGGUGACAUGGGAGGACUCUGGGAAUGGACUAGUACGCCAUUGAUGCCACAUGAUGGGUUCAAGUCCAUGGAUAUCUACCCUGGCUACACCUCUGAUUUCUUUGAUGGAAAGCACAAUGUUGUCCUGGGAGGCUCAUGGGCGACUUUACCCCGGAUUGCUGGCCGCACAACCUUCGUGAAUUGGUACCAGCAUAACUAUAUCUAUGCCUGGGUGGGCGCACGCUUGGUAAGGGAUCUAUAG